AUGAGAAGCCUCAUUGUUUUAGUCAUGCUCGGUGCUAUCUAUGGGUUUAUUGAGCACUAUAAGCCCAACGGCCCCAUAAUAAUAGUGAAGGAGCUGAAAAAAUCCACAGUAACGCUGUCGGACGCCAAGGUAUACCUUAGAGCAAACGAGCACGAAAAAUGGGUUGAGCCAAAGGAGUUUUUCAGCAUGAGCGACUACCAUCUGAGCACGUCUUCAUCGGACUAUGCAGGGUCGCGGGACAUCAAAGUUGAAAUGUCGGUGUUUGAGUCGCCAACGAGGGAGUGGAAGUCUCUGACCAAAGUGGGCGUCGAUGCAUACACGUCCAAAAACACGCAGCAGGGCGCAAAAGUGAACUUUUUGUGGACGUCCACAAACGAGAACUACCACAUGUUUCUUUUUAGAGUGUUUAUAGACCCCAUGCCAAACGCCGAGAUAGGCAUAGAUGUAAUAACGUACGAGGGCAGGCCCGAAGACCCGAGCAUAUACUCGCACACAGACUCGCAAAUACGGAACAAAGAAAAAAGAAUAGCCGAGUGCAUAAAUGUGUCAAAGGAAAUAUUAGACUUGCAGGAGCUCGACAAAACAGAUGAGCAGACCUACAAAAAGCUGACAGAUAGCAUAUUUAAAGUUGUUAUACUGGAGGUAUUCUUAAAAAUAGCGAUUUUCGUUGGGUCUUUCCUCUAUAUCAACCAGAAGAUCCAAAAGUUCUACAUUGAUAAGAAGAUUGUUGUUAAAAGUUAA